AUGGAGCAGGACCACGUGCUAGCUGGUCCUGGGGGAUCCCAGGCGGCUGCAUCAUCAUCUUCUUCGGUGGUGCAGCCUCUUAGCGCUAGGCGGCGACACCGGCCCGCUACCACCACCGACACCACAUCGACUGACUGUACUGGUGCCUCGGGGGCACCUCUAGUAUUGUCAUAUCCCUUUGCAGCCAAGAGGAACACCCGAGGGCCGUGUCGGCAGCUGAAGACGGCGAAGGUCACCCGGGUGACCAACAAUCGUAUCAGCAUCGGAUAUGACGAGCGCCAUCGGGCUGCACCGACGGCAGACUUGCAUAGCUCCUUGGCCCACGACAUUGGCCACGUCGUUCGGACCCAUUGCCCGAUGCAAUGGAAGUCUUGGAAGGUCAUGCCUGACGAGAUCAAGAUGCAAGUUCGCGGCCAGUUGUUGACGAACUACCACUUAGAGGACAUCAACGAGGAGACCUUGGCGUACGUCAACAAACUCUUCGGUGAGAGGUACAAGCAGUGGAAGAGCGACUUGCACCACCAUUUUCAGGCGUUUGAUGAUCCGCAAGUCGCUCUUCAGGAGGGUUGCCCGAAGGAGCUUGAGGGGCGGGAGGAUAGUUGGGCGUGGCUCUGCGCUCAUUUUUAG